GGGUACUCGGGGCAUAGAGGCUACGAAAGGGUAGACAUGUUGGCCAAAUGGGGGCUAACAUGGACUUUCUGGGUCCUUACAAAUUCAAUGGGAGAAGAGAUUUUUGGAGGAAAUUGCGAUAGUGUUUGUUCGUUGGUUCCACCAGGUCGUGUGUGCGGCUGUUCUGCUGUCUGCAGUUGUCUAACGAAAUCUAUUGGUGGGGAGUGUUCGUCUUCUGGGCCAUCGCUCCUUAUCUUUUGACAGUUUGACUCACUGUCACUUUGUGUUUUACUCCAGUUGUCGGACGCAGAUCUUAUCUGAAACGUAACAACACCCAGACAGAGCGGUGCCAAGCGAUCCGUGUCCAGCUGUUGGCCGAUUGACGCUGUCCAAGACUUUUUAGCUAACUGGAAGAAUGGUUGACGCCACACCCUUGAAAAUGAUCAGUAACCCUGUGAAGAAAACAUUGAGGAUGAAGGAAGAACGACAACCUCUGUUGAUAAACAGCACAGACACCAACAAUGAGAACGAAAGUAUAUUUGUUGUUAGACUUGCUGGGAACGCUGGUGAACUCCAAGAGGGAGACACGACAAUACCUAUGCCGAAAAGGUUGGCCGAACCACCUGCCGAUUCUUUAUGCAAUCCGAUUCUCAGCCGACAACUCGAGCAUCCUACGACGAACAUGGACACGAUGAUUCAUCUUCUUAAAGGCAACAUCGGUACAGGGAUUCUGGCGAUGCCUGAUGCGUUCUUGAAUGCAGGCCUCGCCUUGGGCACCUUCGGAACGCUUAUGAUGGGUGCAAUUUGCACACACUGCAUGCAUAUUUUAGUUAAUUGUUCACAUGAGCUGUGUAGAAGGACCCAAAAACCAUCUCUAAAUUUUGCUGAUGUUGUCCAACAGGCAUUUAUCACAGGGCCACCUACAUUUCAGCCAUUAUCUUCUUUUAUACGGAUAGUAUUGAAUAUUUUCCUUGUGAUAACUCAAUUGGGCUUCUGCUGUGUCUAUUUUGUCUUUGUCGCCAGGAACCUGCAACAGGUUGCCAACCUGUACAUGCCAGAGACAAGUGUGACGUGGUAUCUAUUUGCUCUUCUUCUGCCGAUGAUUCUGUUGAACUGGGUCAAGAACUUAAAGUACCUGACACCGAUCUCACUCUUCGCUUUCAUACUUACUAUUACGGGUCUGGGAAUGACUUUCUCGUAUUUGUUGACGGACCUCCCUAGGACUAGCACUGUCAAGAUGUUUGCACCAAUCGCACAAUGGCCGCUUUUUUUUGGCACGGCAAUAUAUGCCUUUGAAGGAAUUGGUGUUGUUCUUCCAUUAGAGAACAAUAUGAAAACACCAGAAGACUUUGGAGGUUUGACAGGUGUUCUCAACACAGGUAUGGUCAUUGUCGCUUGCCUUUAUACAGCCGUCGGUUUCUUCGGAUAUCUUCGAUAUGGAGACAACAUGAAGACCGGUAGUGUCACAUUAAACAUCUCUAUCACAGAAAUACUUGGGCAGACGGUGAGGGUCAUGUUGGCUCUGGCGAUAUUUCUUUCUUACGGUCUUCAAUUCUAUGUACCGAUGGGCAUCAUCUGGCCUUUCGUCAUGCAGCGGAUCGAUGAAAGAUACCACAAAGUGGGGGAGCUAGUCACGAGGGCUCUACUUGUCGUUUUUACUUUCUGUCUUGCCGUGGCGAUUCCUAACCUGGGUGCAGUCAUCUCGCUUGUCGGCGCUCUGAGCAGUUCGACUCUCGCACUGAUCUUCCCACCGGUCAUAGAGAUCGUGACAUUCUGGGACCGUGGUCUUACAAAAACCACGUUAUGCAAAGACAUCGCCAUUGCUCUCUUCGGCAUAACUGGUUUUCUCUUUGGCACGUACGCCAGUCUUUAUGACAUCAUCUACAAACCAGAAAGCUAAGUGUUACCUUAUAUUUCAAAGCUCCUUUUUAUAUACUAUUUAUUUUGGAAAGUAAUUAUCUAUAUUAUUUAUUUUAUUGUUGUAUAU